AGCACUUAAAGCCAGAAGCAUAAGAAUUUUCGAAAAGAAUCGUCAUUAUGUGGACUUUUUCCUUAAGACACUAUUUGAAUUCAACUUAGCUUCAGCAUUCAAAUACAUCGAUAAUCGCAGUUAGUGAACAUGGCCAGUACAAAUAACAAACACGAAUACACCAUGGGACAUUCAAAAGCGACGAUCUCAAGUCAUGAGUCGCGAACUGUCGAUUCGGAUGCAUCGUUCGUUCUGCCUUACAUUCAGCCAAUUCAUCGCAUCCUCGAUGUCGGUUGCGGUCCGGGCACGAUCACAACGGGCUUUGUUCCCUUCGCGUCCCUAGGAGAGGUGAUUGGAGUAGACUACAGUUCCGAGAUCAUCAAUCACGCAAAGGAAGUCGCAAAGUCUCGGGGACUGGGUGACAAGGUCAAGUUCAUACAGGCUGACCUCCUGGAAACACUGCCUUUUGAGGACAACAGUUUCGAUGUUGUAUUCGCCUCCCAAGUUUUUCAACACCUUCGACCUGAACAAAAUGCCAUCAUCGCUUUGAAGGAAUGUCGACGGGUGCUGAAACCAGGGGGGUUACUUGCUAUUCGCGAUGGCGCUGCGAUGCACUUUCAUCCCUAUGGAGCCGAGAUCGAUCGCAUUUAUGUCAAAAAUAUGAUUCUCGCCAUUGGCGGUCCUGAUUUCAGCGGUAUGUAUCAUCGUGGAUGGCUCAGAAAGGCGGGCUUUGAUGUCGAAGAUUCUACGAAGGUGAGGCUGGGUGCAGGGACGACGGUGUAUGCCGACAGGAAAAGUUGCAAGUUAUGGGCAGAUAGGCUGUCUGCACGACUUGGGAAGGGUGACAAAUAUAGAGAGAGCUGGUUGAAAGCUGGUGUCCCAGAACAUGAAUGCGAUGAGGCCGCCGAACUGGUGCAGAAAUGGGCAGAAAGUGAUGAUGCAUUUUAUGGAAUGCUCCAAGCCGAGUCCUUAGCUUGGAAAUAAAAAAGUAGUGUUUAUCAAAGCAUGGCCAGUACCUGGACCUGGGUUCAUGCUCAUAAACCUAGAAUAAUUCUGUAGAUAAAUAAAAUUUAAGAUUAUC